AUGACCUCGUGUUACGAAUGCUCCCUGGACAUGCUCAACAAACCGACUGUAUUCCCCAUCUGCACAAUCGCCAACACACCUCGUCUACCCGAGCAUUGUAUCGAGUGGGCGUCAGUCAUCGAAUGGCCGCGUGUUCAUGGCGAGGGCAAAAAGAUGGAUACCGACGAUCCCGAACACAUUACUUGGCUGUACGAAAAGGCAUCCAAACGUGCCGCCGAGUUCUCAAUAGAGGGUGUUACGUGGUCUUUGACACAGGGCGUCGUCAAGAACAUCAUUCCAGCUAUUGCUAGCACGAACGCCAUUAUCGCGGCCAGCUGCGUCAGCGAGGCACUCAAGAUCGCGACCAAUGCGGCGCCCUACCUUCAGAAUUACAUGAUGAUGAUUGGAACGGAGGGUGUGUACAGCUUUACGUUCGAGUUGGAGAAGAAGGAGGAGUGCCCGGUUUGUGGAGGUGAGACGGUGGAGUUGUCGAUAAGUCGGGAUAUGAAAGUCGAAGAGCUCAUCGAAUAUCUCGAAGAGAAGCAAAACAUUGGUCCUAGUCAAAUCAAGAAGCCAUCUCUGUCCACAACCACCUCGUCCAUCUACAUGCAGGCGCCGCCAGUCUUGGAGCGAGCAACACGUCCUAACCUAGAAAAGAAAGUCUCAGAGUUGGUGCCUGCAGGUACCGAGGUGACGGUAACUGCGUCUAGCCUCCCUCUCAAGCUUA